AUGGCGCCAAAUCAACCCUCAGACUCUCGCAUUGAUGAGAUAUACGACUAUGUCAUCGUCGGCGCCGGCAUCUCUGGCAUCAACACCGCAUACUACCUCCACGCCCAUGGGCCCCAGAACGCAAGCUACGCCGUGCUAGAAGGGCGCCCCAGGAUGGGAGGAACAUGGGACCUCUUCCGAUACCCGGGGAUCCGAUCCGACUCUGACAUCUUCACCUUUGGCUUCUCAUGGAACCCGUGGAAGGGCGAGAACCCCCUCGCAGGCGGGCCCGAGAUCUGCGCCUACCUCGACGAGUCGGCGUCGACGCACGGCAUCGACAGGCACAUCAAGUACAACCACCAGGUCGCCUCCGCGGACUGGAAUUCGGCGACGUGCAGGUGGAUUCUCAAGGUGACGGUCGCCGGCGGAGAAAAAGUCAAGACGAUCGCGGCGCGGUUCGUGGUCCUGGGCACGGGGUACUACGACUACGAGCAACCCUUGGCCGCGGUGAUCCCGGGCAUCGAAAAGUUCGAGGGCAAGGUUGUCCACCCGCAAUUCUGGCCCGAGGACCUGGACUACGUCAACAAGAACGUCGUCAUCAUCGGCAGUGGCGCGACGGCCGUGACGCUGCUGCCCAACAUCGCCACGGACGCCGCGCGCGUCACGAUGCUCCAGCGGAGCCCCAGCUACAUCAUCGGCAUGCCCUCCCGUAAGGCGGGCCUGACGCGGCUCCUGCUCUCCACGUUGCCGAUGAGCGUCUCGAGCCGGAUCUUGCGCGUGCAGUACUUUGUGCUCUCGUAUUUUCUGUAUUACUACUGCCAGUGGUUCCCCGGCGCCGCACGCCGGUUCCUGCUCGGCGCCGCGCAGAAGCAGCUGCCGCCCAACAUCCCGCUCGACCCGCACUUCAAGCCGCGAUACAACCCCUGGGAACAACGUCUCUGCGUUUGUCCGAACGCGGAUUUCUACCAGGCGCUGCGAUCCGGCAAGGCGGAUGUCGUGACGGACGUGAUCGAGGAGGUGACUAGCUCGGGGAUCGUGUUAAAAUCCGGGAGAGUUCUCCGCCCUGACAUCAUUGUGACGGCCACGGGGCUGAAGAUUAGAUUCGCGGGCUCGAUUUCCCUCUCGGUAGACGGCGUUCCCGUCGAUCCAAACUCAAAGUUCGCCUUCAAGGGUUGCAUGCUCCAGGAUAUGCCGAACAUGGCCUACAUCUUUGGGUACGCCAACGCCUCGUGGACGCUCGGCGCGGAGGCGACCAGCUCGUAUCUGGUACGGUUGUGGCGCGGCAUGGAGAAGAAGAAGGUCAGGUCGGUGACGCCUCUCCUUGAGGAUCCGAAUAUGAAGCAAAACGCGAUGAUGCCGCUCAAGUCCACAUACGUGCGGAAGGCGGGCAAGGUGUUUCCCAAGGCUGGAUCGGGGCGUUGGGCGCCGAGGAAGAAUUACUUGAUCGACUUGUGGACGGCCAUGACGACCGAUGUGUUUGCUGGGUUGAAGGUCCAGUAG